UCCAGCAGCGUGGCUGAAUAGAAAUUUUCGCGAAAAUUUCUUCAUAAUCAUCGUUAGCGGCAAAUAAACUAAGAUGUCGGCCCUCAACUUGACCGUACGCGUGCACCCGGUGGUGCUCUUUCAGGUGGUGGACGCCUACGAGCGCCGCAACGCGGACUCUCACCGCGUCAUCGGCACCCUUCUUGGAUCCGUUGAGAAGGGAGUGGUGGAGGUGACCAACUGCUUCUGUGUGCCCCACAAGGAGCACGACGAUCAGGUGGAGGCGGAGCUCAGUUAUGCCAUGGACAUGUACGACCUGAACCGCAAGGUGAACCCCAACGAAAGCGUCGUGGGGUGGUGGGCCACCGGCAAUGAUGUGACGAACCACAGUUCGGUUAUCCAUGAGUACUACGCCCGCGAAUGCAACAACCCGGUGCAUCUUACGGUGGACACGUCGCUCCAGGGCGGCCGUAUGGGACUGCGCGCUUAUGUCUGCAUCCAACUAGGAGUGCCUGGCGGUAAGAGCGGCUGCAUGUUCACACCCAUUCCUGUCGAGCUGACCAGCUACGAGCCUGAGACCUUUGGCCUCAAGCUGCUCCAAAAAACUGUUGGUGUCUCGCCCGCCCACAGGCCCAAGACUGUGCCACCCAUGUUGGACCUGGCCCAGAUUUCCGAGGCCUCUCAGAAAUUGCAGCAGCUACUGGACCUCAUCCUGAAGUACGUCGACGAUGUGAUCGCCCACAAGGUGACACCGGACAACGCUGUCGGUCGGCAGCUCCUCGACCUCAUUCACUCCGUGCCGCACAUGACCCACGAGCAGUUCACUCAGAUGUUCAACGCCAACGUGCGGAACCUCUUGCUGGUUAUUACGCUCUCACAGCUUAUCAAGACCCAGCUGCAGCUCAACGAGAAACUCACUUUCUUGCCUUCGGCCUAGGAUGCUCUUGAAAUUGAGGUGGGGAUUUCGAUUAAGAAAAAAUUGUAAAAACAGUGUAUUUGAUUAUGUUUUCUAUUAAAAGUUAUGCAUAAUAAAAUGCUCGGAAAACCA